AAGGAUGAGCGCCAUGUCUGAUCCUCCGCUUGUGGAAUAGGAGCGGACGGCAGAGCGAAUAUUUCCGCGGGGCCCCGGCGGUCCCUUCGGGUUUCGGUGCGAAUCAUGGCCGACAGCGCUGGGAUUCAGCAAGGUUCGCCGGCCAUCGGAGCUGCGGGCCUGGUCCCGGCCGCUCCUGGAGCCGGGGGGACGGAGGGCUCCGGCGCCGCUGGAGGAUCCGCACGUAUCGCCGUGAAGAAGGCGCAACUCCGCUCCUCACCUCGGCCGAAGAAACUGGAAAAACUCGGAGUGUAUUCAUCCUGCAAAGCCGAGGGAGCCUGCAAGUGCAAUGGCUGGAAGAGUCAGAACCCCCCUCCUACACCGCCUCAAACUGACCAGCAGUCCAACACAGUCAACCUGCAGGAGCCCUGUCGGAGCUGCUCUCACACUCUGGGUGAUCAUGUGACCCAUCUAGAAAACGUCUCAGAAGAGGAAAUGAACAGACUUCUAGGCAUCGUCCUGGAUGUGGAGUACCUGUACACCUGCGUUCACAAAGAGGAGGAUGCCGACACUAAACAAGUCUACUUUUCCCUCUUCAAACUGUUGAGGAAAUCCAUCCUGCAGAUGGGUAAGCCGAUGUUAGAAGCACAGGAGAGUCCGCCGUUUGAGAAACCCAGCAUCGAGCAGGGGGUGAACAACUUUGUCCAGUACAAAUUCAGCCACUUACCAUCUAAGGAACGUCAAACCAUCAUGGAGCUGGCGAAGAUGUUUCUCAACCAGAUCAACUACUGGCAGUUAGAAACGCCCUCCCAGAGACGACAAAGGGUUCCCAAUGACGACGCAGCUGGAUACAAAGCCAACUACACCAGAUGGCUCUGCUACUGCAAUGUGCCUCAGUUCUGUGACAGUCUACCCCGGUACGAGACCACUCAGAUCUUCGGCCGGACGCUGCUGCGCUCUGUCUUCACUGUGAUGAGGAAACAACUGCUGGAGCAGGCCAGGCAGGAGAAGGACAAGCUUCCUCCAGAGAAACGCACACUCAUUCUCACACACUUUCCCAAGUUCUUGUCUAUGCUGGAGGAGGAGGUGUACAGUCACAGCUCUCCGAUCUGGAGCCAAGAUUUCUUGGCAGGAGCUGCAGGAGGGCAGAUUCCUAUCCACACAGUGAUCAGUGCUCCCCCUGUAGCCAGACCGCUGUACUACAGCACCAGUCCUGUGUCGGUGGAUCCAUCCACCUGCGGCAGCGUCAGUCCUGCCAGGAAAACAGCUUCUGUACUCGAGACAAACCCAGUUGGAGAAAAGCGUAAACCCUCGGAGCCCCUUCACCACGAGGAAAACAAGAGACCCAGGGUGGUGGGUGACAUCCCCAUGGACCUCAUCAAUGAAGUCAUGGCAACCAUCACUGACCCUGCUGCCAUUCCAGAGACCAGCCUGCUGUCAGCUCAUUCUGCUCGUGACGAAGCCGCCCGCCUGGAGGAGCGCAGGGGGGUGAUCGAGUUCCACGUCAUUGGAAACUCUCUAAACCAGAAGCCCAACAAGAGGAUCUUGAUGUGGCUUGUCGGCCUUCAGAAUGUGUUCUCCCACCAGCUUCCCCGCAUGCCCAAGGAGUACAUCACGCGGCUGGUCUUUGAUCCGAAACACAAGACGCUGUCGCUGAUCAAGGACGGCCGUGUGAUCGGAGGGAUCUGCUUCCGAAUGUUUCCAUCGCAAGGCUUUACAGAGAUUGUCUUUUGUGCUGUCACCUCCAACGAACAGGUCAAGGGAUACGGAACCCAUCUGAUGAAUCAUCUGAAGGAAUAUCACAUAAAGCAUGAAAUCCUCAACUUCCUCACUUAUGCUGAUGAGUACGCCAUUGGUUACUUCAAGAAACAGGGUUUUUCAAAAGACAUCAAGGUCCCAAAGGCCAAGUACGUGGGCUACAUUAAGGAUUAUGAAGGAGCCACGCUGAUGGGCUGCGAACUCAACCCCAGCAUCCCCUACACAGAGUUCUCUGUGAUCAUCAAGAAGCAGAAGGAGAUUAUCAAGAAACUGAUAGAGAGGAAGCAGGCUCAGAUUAGAAAAGUCUACCCAGGGCUGUCCUGUUUUAAGGACGGAGUCCGGCAGAUUCCCAUUGAGAGCAUUCCUGGCAUACGUGAAACUGGCUGGAAGCCUGUGGGCAAAGGGAAGGAACUGAAGGAUCCAGAUCAACUGUACAGCACUCUGAAAACCAUCCUCCAACAUGUGAAGAGUCACCAGAACGCCUGGCCUUUCAUGGAGCCUGUGAAGAAAACAGAGGCACCUGGGUACUACCAAGUCAUUCGCUUCCCCAUGGACCUCAAGACAAUGAGCGAGCGUCUGAAGAGCAGGUACUACACAACGCGCAAGCUGUUCAUGGCAGACAUGCAGCGCAUCUUCACCAACUGUCGCGAGUACAACCCUCCGGAGAGCGAGUACUACAAGUGCGCCAACUUACUGGAGAAGUUCUUCUACACUAAGAUCAAAGAAGCAGGCCUCAUCGAGAAGUAGACGAGAGGAAGAGGUUUCUUUUAAGACAGUCCUGGGAGUAUGAAAGGUUAGGUGAUGCAAAAAGCCAAGAUUAGGACUACUGAUUCUGGAGCGGAUAGGUUUCUUAAUGUAAAAGGUGCAAACGGGUCCCAGAUCGGCGCUCUGAUAACGGCCCAGAUCCUAAAUCAGUAGCUUAGACUGAUAUUCACCUUGAAAGACAGGCCACGAGGGAAGGCCUCACUGAAGAAGUGUGAGGCUGUUGCUCAUUUCAAACAAAAGAAGCGUUGUGUCUUUAUAUUUCAUCACGUGUCCCAGAGGCCCACGGAGAGAAAGGACAGCAGCAGGUGUAACAGUAAUACAGAUUAAACAGGGCAGAAAGGUUUCGUUGUCGUUUGUGUGUUUUCGACGCUGAAUGGAAUCCCAGAAUGACAGCUGAUUGGAGCUUUACCACCCGUCUGUCUGUGUCUCCCCGUCUCUUUUCUUUUCAUUUUGCCUUUUCAGUGUCUGCCUUCUCCUCUCAGCUGACUCAGGUAGCGAUGUCACGAGACGUAACCACAUGUGCAGUGGGUUUAGUCAUAACAAAAGUGUUAGCGGCGAGGAAAGCGACCGAGAGUUCAAGUUUUCCUUUCUGUGUUCAUGUGAGCAUGUACAGAGUUAAUGAGGUCAAAGUCUGUGAUGAGUUCAUCCUGCCAAAAGUGGAAUACAUACUUUAACUUUGUACAGAUUUUAAUUAUUUUAAAGCACUUAUAUCCAUUGUAUAUUUUAAAUAUGUAUAUAACAUAUAUUUUCUUUUUCAGAACUAAAAAAAGUAAUCUUUUUUUUUUUUUUCACCAAGCCACGUAGGGCAGUUUGACUAUCAAAAAUGCACUUUUAUUUUUCCAAGUAUUAGUUAACAUAAAUGAGAGGAUCUUCUUUUCUUCAGAAUUUGUUUUACAUAUAAAUUACAUUGUUGACUAAGGACUAAUUUAAUUAUCUAGAGUUUAUUCUUAUUUAUGUGCUGUAAUUUAGAAGAAUUAUGCAUAAGACAAGGUCUUAAUUUAUUAUUUCUUAUUUUUGUCCCGCAGAUGGAGAUUGAUAACUUUAUACUUUGGAGAUAAACGAAAAGAUUGUGCAAUACUAUGUAGUUUUGCUGUUUUGUAAAAAGGUGUUUGUACUUUUCAAACUUUAGGGAAAAAAGUACCUUUUGUAAUAUGUCUGGAAAAGUAUUUCAUGCUCUUUGUACAAUUGGUUUUAAUGACAUAGUAUUAGCCUAUUUUAUAGACUGAUUAAAACAGAAGUGAGGCUAA